CACUCCGCCACUGUCUGUUGUGAAGCUCAGGUGACAACCAUACAACCACACAGCCAUACAGCCAUACAGCCAUACAGCCAUACAGCCAUACAGCCAUGCCUGCUGACGUGCUUCAGGAGAUACCUCCCUCUGCUAUCAACUACUUCUGCAACAACGUUCUUAAGAGGGACUGGCCCAACUCCAUACAUGUGUACUAUUUUGUGAAGACCAUGACAGAAUGGAAGAACAACCAUGCAGAUGUAAGAGUGAGUCUGCUGUGUAUGGAAGGAGAUGUUGAAGAUGGCACUUUUGUUGGCCUCUUGUACUCUGAGCUGGGAGGCUGCACAGUGUUGGCGUACACUCAGCAAGAGAGCUGCGAGAGACUGGGUAGAGCCUUGCGAGAGACACGUCGCAUCAAGUGGUCGGAACCCCUCACCUUCGAGGCUGUGCUGCAGCGUCACGCCGCCACAGUACACCGCGCAGCACACGACCACGGACUGGAGACUAGCAUCUACGCUCAGAGCGGCAUCCUAUACAUGCCACAUGACCAAGCCAGGAAACUGAGGCCGAAAUGCAUAUCGGACGAGGUGUACGUGGCGCCCUUACAGUCCAGCCACGUCCCCUACAUACACUCUGUCUGGGCACACAACGACAUCUACACUCUGCAAGAGCUGGAGAGCACUCUGCGGCUCAACGGUGGCUACGGGGUGUUUGACGCUGCAGACGACACGUUGCUGUGCUGGGCCAUGCACACUCACUACGGAGGCGUAGGUGUGCUGCAGACCAGAGACGGCUGUGGAGGCAAGGGCUACGCUAGGCUGGUAUCCGCCUGUCUCUCUCAGGCGCUGGGACUGAUGGGCAUCGCGCCUCACGUCUGUAUCAAGGAUACCAACACCAGGUCACUGUCAUUGUUCCGCUCCAUCGGGUAUGAGCAUGUGUCCUCCAUCCAGUACAUCACCACGCACGACCCCUCCUCCUCCUCAUCCGAAUCAUCCUCAUAAAUCACCUCCUCACUAAUCAGGGGUAAAAGUUUACAAGUCACGUUUGGUAAAAUAUAGUUUGACUAACAUGCUAAUUAAAAACUUAGUAAUAUUUAAAAACAAGUAAGAAAAAUCACACGUGACUUGUACAUGUCUUUCAUAUCGUUAGCAGUAUUAUCAUAAAACCGUAACAUUUCCACUCAUCUCUUAUUUAUCUCAUUUCACUACAAUAUCAAAUGGACUUUGUUCAUGAACUUUCACAUCUGUGAUUACUAUGCGACCUCUAGCUUUGAUCCAUUUUUAUCACGGCCAUUCACUAAUUAUCCAUACUAAUAUUAGAACAUCUUUACAUAAUCAGUUUUUUCUAGUCGGUAGUCUUAAGUACGCUUAUUUGAUUUAAAUUAUCUUAGUUCUAUUAUAAACGAUAGAAUACUUAUCUAAUUAACGGUUUCCAUUCACUACAUUAUGGUGGAGUGAUAUUAACAUGGAAUGAAUAAACUCAGUUUUAAAAUUGACCUUCCUAUAGGGAGAGUUGCAAGAGAAUAUUCUUCAAUGUUACAUAACUGUACAUACAAAUACACAUAUAUAACUUGGAACAACCUUUUUAUGGCAACAAUUAUUACAAUUUUCAAGCAUAAAAACAUGCGUAUGUAAAUAAUGUAAAUUGUUGAAAACGUUUUUUCAUAUGAUAAACAUUUGCAUAUUGAAUUAUUUAUUCGUACUGAAAUAGAUUAUAGAUCCAAAGGAUCACAUGUCUACACUUAUGCUUUUGAAUUUGUUUUGAUUAUAAAAUCUAUAAAAUGAAUUGUUACAAUAGUUUGUAAAUAUAACUACUAGAAAUAAAAUGUAAGGACCAAUGUUAUAACAAAUGAACCUCACGGUUCUACAAUUGUAGGACUUACAUAAAUGUUGUAUCGUUUUAUCAAAGUGCUCUGAAGUAUAAAGGCUUAGGAAAUUUAAUAAGGCUACAUGGAACUGAACGUUCCAGAAAAUUUUCUAUAUUUGUGUAAGUCUUACAAAUAGUUAAGAAUUAUCUUGUAUAUAUUAAUCCUUUUAGUCUCAGACAUUUUUUUGUACACUUUGGAAGCUGUAUUUUACAUUUUUUUUAUGUUAAACAAAAAUAAUAUGUGUUUAUAAAAUUUAUAUUUUGUACUUAGCUGGCUGAAGGCUGUUCUAAGUGCAAAUUCAGCUUGAUAUACACUUAGCUGUAUCUGUAGUAUGCUAUGAACGCAAAAUUGAGAAUACAUAGUAGAAUCGUCUUUAAGUAUUACUCUAAUCCAUUAUAUGAUCGGCAAGCCAAUCAUUUAUGGAAUAGUCUAAAUCAACAUAAAAUCCUGAAUAUAUUUCUAAAUUAAUUAUUGAUUUAAUUAUUGGUAUGUUUUAAAAAUAUUUCAUCGCCAAUAAACUUUUCCCUCUAUACCUGGACUGUAAAGGUGGGUUUGAAUGUAACUAAUACCUUGCUAAUACAUUGGUACAAAUUUAUUUAAAAUUUAAUUCUUUAAACAGUUUUCACAUGUUUAAAAUUAUUUCUAAACAAACAUAUUUUUACUAGUGUAAAAUUAUAAUAUAGACACAUAUUGUUUUUGGAAAACUUAAUUUCAGUAAAAAAUAGGGCCAUUAUGGCCCUCAGUUGUACUAAUGUAAAUACGGAUAUUUAUUGACCGACCAGUAUGGUUCAAAAAUAUAGAAUUAAUGUAAAAAAAAAAACAACACAUUGUACAAAAAUUACUAUUGGUCCUUGUGGAUAUUAGACCGCUACGGUCUAAACUUUUUGUAACAAAUAUAUAUUCUAUGAGACCUUUAGGGUCCUAUUAGAUAUGUGUUAGGUAUAUUUGUAUGGUAUCAAAAUGGUGCCUCAAAGGCCCUUGCCAAAGCCUGAAUGCAAUACUCUGUCUUGGGGCCUGCAGGGCCCUAAUAUAUCUUGUACAUUAUGUUUACAAUAUAAGGAGCACAAACAAACAA